AUGGCGGAAAAUCUACUUACCUCAAGUGCACCGGUUCCAGAUAAAGUACUGCGGGAUCUGGCCAGAAAUGUCGCGAAGGCUCUCCCUAACUUCGUAGAAAGAGACCCCACCAGUGGUGUGAAAGAAUUACACGCGAUUAUUUCUCCCGUAUUGGAAACGGCAGAUUUACCAGAUUUAGAAUCUAGCCAUCGGGCAGCUGCGUCGAACGCGCUGUGUGCGAUUAUUGAGAAAUGUCAAGCAACCGGCAUUGAUUACGUCCAUAAUGCUCUCUUAGACGAUUCUAUUUGGUUUCGAUUGUUCAACAUUUACCUUCAGAGAUCCGACGAUGCCAAAGGCAAGUCCAUGAGGCAGUUGCUCUUAGUUCUCGCGACUGUCGUGGCGAAAGAUCAGAGCAAUCGUGCAUUCCAGCUUCGGAAACAGGCUACAAUCACGUUUCUAGAUAUUAUUUGUCAGCGGCAAGACCGUCUCAAAGUCAAACCAGCUCUUCAAGGUCUCGCGCACUUCCUCCUCCGAGAUGUGGUCUCCAUUGCGCAACUCGUCGAAUUGUUCGGCGAUUUACAACAGCGUUAUUCGAUCGAGAAAACGAAUGUUGCAACCCCAAAAAGUAUUUUCAGGGCCUUUUUGGCAUGGAUAGUUCAUCACGAUACCGCGCUUUCAGCAGGCCAUCUGAUAAGGAACUUCCUUCUUCAAGCUCGUCGCCUACCUACAGCUGGGCCGCAAAGCCAUGACACCGCCUUCUUACCGUUGUGGAUUGAGCCAGUUGUGCAGACUCUACAAAAAUGGCCCGAUCGGAUACAGGAGUUCAAGACACACGUGUUUCCUCAUUGCUUUCUUCCCAAUAUCGACGAGUACAUACAUUUCCUAUCUUAUUUGCAUUUUGAUAAGCAUGUACAACCGAAAGGCACGCUACCUGAUCAACUAAGCGCGUCGAAUCCUCUUCCGAGUGGACUCAAUGAACCUGAAGAGUUCAAUAUCCUGCUGGCAGCAUUCGAAACCGGGAAAGAGUUAAGCAUAAUACGGGAUAUCGACCAUCGAACGUGCGAAAAUGUCGAAAUCCACGACGGGGCUGUUCAUAUACCGGACAUCGUUUUUGGUGGAUGGAUGUCACACCCCGAACCCGAAGUCCGACUCGCGGGAAUGUUCCUUUCAGUAUACUCAGCGUCUGUGACAAGACCCUUCACCGGCGGGGUUUUCAAGUCAUUACAGCGCAACCUCGUUCAUAUGCACACGGACACAGACGCCAACUUUCGUCGAGGAGUCCACGGGUGUACACAGAAACUCUUCGAUCGCUUGAGAGCCAGUACGGCCACUCUCGCUAAGGGAACAUCUAAGCGUAGCACUUCGAUUGAGAGCCGACUUCCUUUCCCCAAGAACUACUCCAGUUAUGGAACGCUGUCCAGAAAGAACUCGCGACAAGAUCCGCUCACCGAGGCUUUAGCUUUUGUAGUUUGGUACAUGCGAUUUCUGGAAUGGGAAAUGCGGUCAACUGCGUCUUAUCAAAGGCGUGUUACUGCAUUACGAACACUGACCAUCGUACUGCGUUCCGGGGUGGACUCUGGAGUGCCGCAAACUCACCUUUCCAAGUCAGCACAGGGGCAACUAAACUGGGCGCAUAGUCUUCAGAUCGCAAACCCAAAAUUGAUUCGGGUCCUGUUCGAUCUCAUCUUAGAUCCUUUCGACGACAUCAGGGAUUCAGCCAUAUCAGUCCUGCAACUGUGUUUGAUUGCUCUACCGCAGGCUCAAAAGGAUGCGGUGUUGGCAACAAUUCCUCGCUUCAUGUCUAGAGCGGAGACCGCCAUGCUCCGCACCGGCCGAGCUGAUCAGGCAGAUGGAGUCGCUCGAGCCUACGGCUUGAUUUUCUCAUUAGCCGGCGAAGGCCGGAUGGACUUGCACGGCACACAGCUUUCUUCCAAGCUGGCAGUUUUUGAGCAUCUGAAAAGACAGCUGGAUAGCACCCUCGAUAUAGCUCACAACAAUCUGUCUGAGGCUGUUAACGGUCGUCCUGUCCAUGGCAUCUAUGCUGCAUUCAGGUACAUCGUUGACCAACACGACUUCUACGCAGGCUUGUCAAGCGCCCCUACAGAAACGCUUGAAAUGUGGAAGCAGUUACAUAAAGAUGUUUUGGGGAGUAUCGAGUUGCUCUGGUCUUAUGUUUACCAUGUCCUCUGUGCCGACGCGCCAGAGGGCCUAAUUCCGGACGAAAUGGAGGAUGAGACUAGUCUCGAUACUAAGGAGAUCUUGAGCUAUUCGUGGAGAGGUCUCAAGGAAGCGAGUACACUUCUCCGGACUGUCAUUACCACAGGGCCAAUAGGUCAUGACGACGGCAGUAUCAUCACUCCUGAGCUAUUUGAGAAGCUUGGUCGACUUUGUUUCGUUCAACUACUGGAGCUUCGCCAUCGCGGUGCGUUCUCGACUGUCUCUCAAACAUUUGCAGCGUUUUGCCGCCGUUGCGUGUCGUCAAAUAUCCCUCUACUUCGUGCUCUACCAGAAACAUGGUAUCAGGAAACUCUUGAGUCUAUUCAAGAAAAGGCAGGCGCUAUCACUCGGAGAUCUGCAGGCAUCCCGGCGCUCAUGUCGGGCAUUUUGGCUGCGGAACCUCAAGUGGGAAGCAAGCUCUUCCCCCGCGCCAUGAGGGACCUCGUCACCGAAGCUUCGGUUGAAGCAAAGAGUGAAAAUAUUGAGGAAAGCCGUCUGCCUCAAGUUCAUGCCCUCAACUGCAUCAAAGAAAUCUUUACAACCUCGAAACUUAGUGUGGCUUCGGAGCCAUACAUCGGACAGGCCCUUGAACUUGCCGCAAAGACCCUCAACUCGAAUAUAUGGCCUAUCCGAAAUUGUAGCUUGAUGCUCUUCAAAGCAUUGAUCGAGAGACUGCUUGGUAGUGACGAAGCGCAAGACUGGAAAGAAAAUGAACGAACAAAGACGUCACGCUUCUCAUUCGACAACUACCCGAGCCUAGUAAAUAUCCUAUCUGAUCUUCUAGAUCCAAGUGGGCCUCUGAAGCAGUCAAUUGAAAGCACGCCCGACAGCAGUUCGCCGCUUGAUCUACACGGAGCCGAAGGAGUCUUUCCAGCCCUCCAGAUCCUACGACAAGCACGACCCCCGGAAGCUAAUCUUGGUUCGAUUCUAGCAUCUGUAGAAAAGAUUCUCGAAAGCCCACAUUGGCAUCUACGAGAUAUGGCAGCAAGGACAGUCGUAUCUUUGAAGUCUAUACCUGAGCUGUACAGCGCUGGAUUGUCGUUGCUUGGUAACCUGCCGAAGUCACACAAUAACCAACAUGGAAGGCUACUUGCGGUUAAAUUCAUGUUCAGGAAGCUAUUGCAGGAUCCUGCUCAACUCGCCUUGAAGGAUUUUGCCACCUUAAUGGAGGAGCUGAGUAACUUUGCCCAUCAAUGGUUCGUCGUGAGCAAUUGUCCUUUCAUCAGAUCUACCUUUCUCGAUAUUGUAGGUCUCUGUGGAAAGACCAUGCUCCAAAGGAAAGACACCCUCUCAAUAUUGCAUGCUUGGGAGGGGCUCACAGCGUCUAUUUCUAUAGGCCCACAAUACGCGCUCGGCUCCAGUCGCAAGAACGGCGAGGCGUUAUUCAGGGCGUCGUUGGCACAAGUGUUCUUCAUCGAUCGCAUCAUCGUCCGGGACCACUUCCUCAGCUUCAUGGUAUCAAAGGAACAUCAAAGCAUUGGCAACGCGCUGAUACUGCUCGCAACUGAGGACCCUGAUACCUGCUGCGCGGCUCUGGAGACUCUUGGAGCUGCCAUUCAGAUACGGCCUUCCAACGAGCUAACGUUACCGUGCACGCUCAUAUUAGCUCACAUACAUCGAAUUGUUCUGGACGCUACAGAUCUAGAGGUGAUCUCCAAAGCGCAAGCCGUGCUGACAGGCGGCAUCGCUGAUAAUCAUAUGAAGAGAGACUUUUUCUCCUUAGUCACCAAAGAGCAAGUCCUCAUCACCCUCGACAAACUGGAGAUCCAGUGCCUAGACGGGCCACCAUCCAACGCGCAGAGCGCCUUAUAUCUUUUGAGUUUCUUCCUCGACUUUGCCUUCCACGCCUACCAAGAUCAACGACGGCUAGUCCUCAAGUCUACCGCACGCUACAUCCGCCUUCUCCGCAUGACAAUUAUAGACACGAACCCUUUCGACACGCGAUUCGCAGCCGUGCAGUCCAUUCGCGCACUCGAGCACAUCUGGACCGCAAGCACGGCAUCCAAGUCCACUGGGCCACUCCUCCUCGGUCUGAGCUUUGUCUUAUACGACAUGCUCAACGACGACGACGACGAAAUAAGAGACGUUGCCGCCGUCGCCGUAACGGACCUCCUCCGUGCCCAGGGCUCCCCACAAGCUAAACACACGGUACCCAUCCUCACCACGCAUCGUCUCGCUACCUUCCUAUCUUCCACCCAAUUCACUACAUGCCGCAUACCCCUCAUCACCCAAUCUCUCCACCGCUUAACCUGUCCAUCCUCUUCCUUUUCUUCACAGAAUCCCCUUUUCUCUACUCCCUUCGCAGAACUCUUCGCCCAACACAGCAAACAAGACACAUCCCUCUUCGCAACAGAGAAGCAAAACCUCUACAAAGACGACGCCCUCGACGCGCUCUUCUGGACCCGCGUUCUGCGCUCCUUACCCUCGUUCCACGCUACCGCUGUUCCGCUCGCCCUGCACCAAGGCCUAGCAACCUGGGUCCUCGACGGUAUCGCGGUACUAACUCAGACUACAAAGGAGACGGAACGCGAUGGCGCGUUGGGAUGGGCGAGUAAAGCCGAAGUGUUCACGUUGGGCAUUCAGGUGAUCUGCGCGAGUGAGAUACUGUUGGCUUGGAGUGGUAGUAUUGAUUUGGAAGGGAAAGAGAGUGGGAUGGUGAGACGAGAGAUUUUGACGGCGCUGAGGGCAUUUGCGGAUAUGGGGGCUGUAGCGGAAGUGCAUGGCUUGUGGAUCGAGAGGAUUGAGCGGGUGUUGGAGAAGGAGGUCCUGGACGCGUUGCGGAGGGUGAAAGGGAGCUUGUUGACGGUGUAG